AUUGAGAUCAUGAAAAGCAAGAAGAUCACUAUCGCCACUAAGGUUGAACCGUCUUUGGCUUCAGAGGCUGUUGAGACCCCACAAACUGAAGGCCUCAAAUCGCCUAUUCUGGCUGAAGAGCAGAGAGAAGCCGUUAACUCUGUUGUUGAGCGUCUUGUCGACGAGAUCGGUCGUGAAAUUGACAACGCCACUAACAAACCAACCGACGAGAAAGUCACCCAGCUCCCUGCUGCCCAGGAGGACAGCACUCAGGCUGCGUUAUCCUCCAUCGCUAGUCACCUCCAGGAGACAGCUGCCGAAGCAAAGCUUGAGGGCAGCGUAGAUAGGAACUCUAUUGAGGGCACCGCCACCCCCGCUGCUGUGAAGGAGACUUCCAAUAAUAGCAGCGGUGAUGCACUGGCGGACAGCUGGGAGAGCGCUGAAGACAGUGCUGAAAAGGAAGAAGAGCGCAUUGUUUCUGUACACAACUUCCCUCUCAAGCCGUUCAUCUCUAUUAUCGUCAAAGCUCAUUCAGGGAAGCUCGCAACCCUCCGCGAUGACGGUAUCAUGGAUAUUGCUCGGCUGAAGAAGGAUUUUGAUCAGCUGGAUCGCUCCUUGACAUCCGCAACUUCGGACUACAUCGUGUAUGCACUCGCGAAGAACGGCGGUAUGCGCAUCAUUCGUCAGGAUGAUGGAAGUGACAAGCAAAUCUUCCGUUCUACCCGCGAUCGCGUCUUUAAUGUUGCAGUAUGCACGUCGCAGACUGCUACUGGUCGUACCACUGAGGAGCAGGCCAUUCUGGGAAUUGGCGUCAGUGGAACCGUGUACUGGGCGUUGAUCUCUCGUGCAGACAAGGAUCUUUUUGAUCUCGACGCCCUCGAGAGCGAGAGCCUCAUCUUCCCUCCUUUCCCGGCUUCGGAUGAGAACACUUCGGGGGGCCAGCUGAAAACGCGGGCCAAACGGAGCUCUCGCCAUCCUGGUUUCUUCGCCAUUGGCCGUGGUAAGAACAUUUACGUGGUCUCUCCUCAGGCUGCUAUGCAUCCUAGCUAUGGUGUGUCUGGACCUCAGCGCGUCGUUAAUACGGAAAGGUUCUUCAAAGAACGUGCUCUGAAGAUCUCUACCGGCAAGGCUGGCAAGGAUUUCAUGUUCAGCGAUGAUGACACGGUCAUUGCCUCCCUUGAUAAGACGGGCCGCCUCCGUUUCUGGGAUAUCCGCGAGGUGGUUAACAACCCAGGCUUUUUUGGCUCCGGGCCCAACCCGGCUGAGGUUCGGGUGCCCUUGAAUACGUUCGUCACGGGCUCUCCCGCAGAGAAGUCAUGGCCGACCUCCGUCCUCUUCAUCGACAAGCUGCGUCCUUAUGUUAAGUCGAUGGCGCUUCGCUACGUUCUGGUGGGCUUGAAGCAGAACCACACCUUGCAGCUCUGGGAUAUUGGGCUGGGUAAGGCUGUGCAGGAGCUCAAAUUUCCUCAUGAGAACGAGUCGGACGCCAUCUGCAGUGUCGCCUACCACCCCGCGUCUGGCAUCAUCGUUGUUGGUCACCCGACCCGCAAUUCUAUCUACUUCGUUCACCUCUCUGCGCCUCGGUAUAACCUUCAGGCGAUGUCGCAAGCCUCCUUCAUCAAGCGCUCUGGGGAGAAGGAUAGCAGCCUUCCCAAGCCUGAGUCCACCGCUUGCAUGAGCGGCAUUCGCGAAAUCUCCUUUGCUUCCAAGGGCCAGCUGCGAAGCCUGGAUCUCCUCCCCAUCACUAAGUCGGCUGGGGAUGAGAGCGGUCUGUUUGAGCUGUACGUCAUGCACUCGCGUGGAGUCACAUGCUUGAACAUAAAGAAGGAAGAUUUGGGAUGGACCACCGACAAUAAGAUUGUCCGUCCCGUCAAUGCUUUGGAGGAAGGGCUCAUCGAUAUCGCUGAGCUGCAGACCUUCCCCACUUACGUGGCAGACGAGCCAUCGGUCAAUGGUGAUGCGGCUCCGACUCCCACCAAGCCGGCGGCUAAGGAGAUCAUCAAGAAGGUGCCUGAGCUCAACACCGAAGCUGCUGUUGGAGCUGGUCCCAGUGUCUCUCGCGUGCAGUCCCCAACCAAGGCACCUGCUAAGAAAAAGGAUGAGCCAGUUGAAAGCGUUUCUGCCAUCAAUGGUGUCGAUAAGGCAGAGAAGAAGAAAAAGAAGAAGAGUGCCGUCCCAGGCACGAGUGAGCCGUCCGCAAAGGGCAAGGAGCCCGUGCUCUCAAACGACGGUCCGUCUAGUGAAGUUCCUGCUCCCACGCAAGGUAUCGCGGACAAUGAGCCAGCCGUUGAAGAAGCUCCCGUCAUCUCAAGCGUCCCUCAGGCAGUGUCUCUAGCUGCUCCUGUGGCUUCCGGCGCUGGUUUCGAUGACUCGGCUGCUAUCCUAAACAAACAUCUGGAGGUGCUGCAGAACGGCGUGUCCACAGAAUUCACCAAAAGCCUUGGUCGCGAGUUGGAAGGACUGUACACCCGCUUCGACGAGGAGCGCCGCAACUGGGAUGCGGCCUCGGCAGCCAAACAAGACCAGGUCUUGCGUCUUGUUUCAAGUACUCUUUCGGAUAACGUGGAGAAGAACCUUGCACGCAUUGUCUCUAACAGCAUCAAAUCAGAGGUUGUGCCUGCUCUGACUGAUCUCACUGCCACAGUCGUUGGUAAGCAGCUUAACGGCGUUCUGUCUCAGCAGCUGGGAUCUGUGGUCCCUCGUGAGGUGCGCCAAGCUCUCCCAGAGGCGGUUACUCGUGCCAUGCAGCAGCCCGAUUUGAUGAAAGUACUGUCGGACGCGGUGGGCCAGAAGCUCGCUCCCCGUGUUGAAAGCGAGAUAUCGAAGGCCAUGCAAAGCACAAUCACACCAGCCAUUGAGAACGUUGCCGUGCAGACUGCAGACAAGGUUGUCGUCAGUAUGGAGAAGCAGAUGCAGGCUCAGUGGAAGCAAUUCGAAGCCCAGCGCCAGAGCGAUGCUGCCAAGAUCGAGCAGCUCACUUCGCUUGUUCGUGGACUCUCUGACACGGUAGCCACGCUCGCUGCGGCCCAGACCGGCUUGCAGAAUGAGGUUGUCAAGCUUAGCCAUGCCUUGGCCACCAAGGAGAAUGUGGUCGAGCGGCAGCAACAGCAACAGCGGCCGACCGCCCCUGCCCGUAGCGCCUCUGUUGACACAAGAACUCCCGAGCAGAUUGAGCUGCAGGAGAUUGCGCAGUUGAUGAGCCAAGGUCACUUCGAGGAGGGAUCAGUCAAGUGGUUGCAAUCAACUCAGCAAGCGGAUCUGUUUGACAACCUUUUUGUUCGCAUGAACCCGUCCUACCUGACUAGUCUGUCGCCCAUCGUGGCCCUGUCUGUGGGUGUUGCUGUGACCUCCUCGUUGCAGACCAACCCUAUGGAGCGCUUGACUUGGCUGGAAGUAGUUUUGCAAACGGUGAAUCCAAUGGACCCUGAUAUCCGUGAAGUCGCUCCUAAAAUCAUGGACAUCCUUAUCCAACGACUGGAAGCGCUCUACAUGUCGGUGGCCGAGACCUCGCCGCACGAUCCCAUUAUCCGCAAGAUCGCGCCGCUGUCGCGCCGCGCCAGGCUUCUGCGGGGUUAAAGCUUCUCUCGUGAAAAGUUGAUCGUUCAAGUUUACUGGUUCUAAUGAAUAAUGCAAUCCUUAUGAGGAUAUUGACUUCGAAGAAAAGGGGCCAUGCUAGUGGGUCGUGUCACACAACAUGAUCGCUUUUAGGCAUGAGGAUGGAUGACUACUUUAUUUGGUUUAGCAAUGAAAACGCAUGAACAAUGAUGAGGAUGGUAGUUUCAUUACUUGGUGUCUAGCCGGUCCGCCUAGUGUGACGAAUGACGAGGCAUUACAGCUACGAAUGAAUAUGCUCUUUUCCCACGGAUGAAUUUCUAAUCUCAUUAUUAUGAUUCUUGUGAUGUCUACUUCAUCUAAGUAGAGAUUAGUAACUACUACGCAACUAUCUCGGCUAUUAAC